GGAGAAUAUCUUUGAAGAACUCAUAGGAUCAUCUGAGCAGUGGGGCCAGGAGUUGAACAAGUUUAACGACAUUGUAACUGAUGUGUGGUGGGUCAUUAAACACAUCUUGCCAUUAUUCUAUAAAUGGCAAUUUGGAAACGUGGCUAAUUUCCUCAACCAAUUCCACGACCCCAAGGUUCCAGAGGACAUGAGCAAGAAGGAUGUGAUGCACCUGAUAGAUGCUGGGCUCUUCCUGAACUCUCCGUAUCCAUCCGUGCUGAGAGAGGCGAGGGAUGUGGACAUCAUAUUGUCCUUUGACUUCAGUAUGGAUGAUCCCUUUGGUACAUUGAAGGAGGCCAGUGACUAUGCAGCCGCCAACAAAAGGCCUUUCCCCAAAAUAGACUUCGCAAAAUUGCACCCAGACCACCCAGACUCCUUCUAUGUUUUUGAGGAAGAGGGCAAGCCAACUAUAAUCCACAUCCCCCUCUUCAACAUCGAUAAUUGUGAAAAUGAAUCCACCAUUACAGAAGAGUCGAAGGAAUACACCACCUUCCAGAUGAUCUACAGGGACAAAAACAAGAUCGACCACCUAGCAGAUCUGGCCGCAAUGAAUGUGAAGAUAAACAGAGACGGCAUCCUGGAAGAGAUACGAAAAACAUCUGAGCGACGCAGCAGCGCCAUUUGUCAGUUUGUGCAGGAUAUGCGCUCAUGCUGAAACGUGUUUUUAACAUGGACGUGUGGCCUUUAGUAUGAGCUUCCUUGUGUC